CCUACCAUGAAUGUCAGCUCAAUUGCCCAAUGAGAGCACAGAGCAAGACAGCAGUUCCUGUUUCAGUGGGUAUGUUAGCCUCAGCAGCGAGAGGGAGCCUGUCGAAACAAGGCAUUGUGUGUGAGGGUCCCGUCUUCUGAUAUUACCUGGACCUCCACAGAGACUGGGCCUGCUGUGGAAUUUCCACCCCUCAGAAAGAACGACAGCUGGGACAGAGAACAGACAGCAACAUCCACAUACAGGAGAAAUAAUAGCCUGGAAGUUCCUAGAGGCAGACUGGAAGAGAAGGGACAGUCCUAAAUGUGUAGUACAGUAGAAGCACCAGCUAUGUCAGAGAGUAACAGGGUGAUAGCUGCUUUUCUGUAAAGUCCAUCCACCUGGGCAAGAUUGAAUCAGUGUUAUCAACCCAGUGCCACAUCUCAAUUUUCGCUCUGUGAACAUGCGCGUGGUAUCUCUACCCAAAGGAAAGUUGGCCAGUAACCCCAUACACUGGUAACGGCAUCACGCAAUGUGAACAGUGAUUUGCAUCAUUUGGAGAGAGCAAAUCUGAAGUAUUAUUCUUAUUUUUUUACCUGGGAAAUUAACAAUUUACAACCGUUACAUUUUUGCUCCAAGAGAUUGGUCUGAUUACCUCUGGAAUCAUGGGGGCCACUGGUUAUGGAUACUAUCGUAUCGUUAUCUUCUUCUCCAUGUUUACUGGCUACUCCCUGUACUACUUCAACAGGAAGACCUUCUCUUUUGUCAUGCCCUCUGUGAUGGAGGAGAUUAAACUGGACAAGGAAGACUUGGGCCUAAUCACCAGUAGUCAGACCAUGGCCUAUGCCAUCAGUAAGUUCAUCAGUGGUGUAUUGUCCGACCAGAUCAGCGCUCGCUGGCUCUUCUCCAUUGGCCUCUUGGUGGUGGGGGGCAUCAACGUGAUCUUCUCAUGGUCCUCCACUGUGACUGUGUUUUCUGCUCUGUGGUUUGUCAACGGUCUGGGCCAGGGCUUAGGCUGGCCACCAUGUGGGAAGGUGCUCCGCAAGUGGUUUGAGCCAUCUCAGUUUGGGACAUGGUGGGCAGUGCUGUCCUGCAGCAUGAACCUGGCCGGUGGAUUGGGUCCUCUCCUGGCUAUGGUAUUGCUUCAUUACUAUGACUGGAGGACUAUCCUGUCCAUGUCAGGCAUCAUCUGUGCAUCCUUUUCUGUCAUCUGCCUGGUGUUCAUAAAGAACGAACCCAAAGACGUGGGCCUGCCCAGCAUUGAGGCCGCAGCCAAGAAAGGAGUAGCCAACUGUGACAGUACUCUGAGUGAGUUCCUGCUGUCUCCAUACCUGUGGGUGCUGUCCCUAGGCUACCUGGUAGUGUUCGGGGUGAAGACUGCAUGCACUGACUGGGGCCAGCUCUAUCUCAUUCAGGAUAAGGGCCAGACUGUCCUCAUAGGCAGUUCCUACAUGAGUGCCUUGGAGGUUGGAGGUCUGGUGGGCAGCCUCGCAGCUGGCUUCCUGUCUGACAGGGCUGUUGCUAGGCAAGGUUUGGGUACCAAUGGUAACCCUCGCCAUGUCCUCCUCCUCUCCAUGAUGGCUGGCAUGUUUUUGUCCCUAUACCUGUUCCGUGUCACUAUCACAGCUGAGGCCCUAAAGGAAGCUCCCGUCUGGGUAGUGGCCCUUCAUCCUCUCUCUGUCCUUAUCGGCCUGUCAGAGAAAGAGAUCUGGAUACUUUCCCUGGGUGCUAUGUUCGGAUUCUCCUCUUAUGGACCAAUCGCAUUGUUCGGUGUGAUAGCCAAUGAAAGUGCUCCAUCAAACUAUUGUGGGUCCUCCCAUGCCAUCGUAGCUCUCAUGGCCAAUGUUGGGGCUUUCUUUGCGGGACUCCCCUUCAGCACCAUCGCUAAAUACUACAGCUGGGACAUGGCCUUCUGGGUAGCUGAAGUGACCAUUGCCGUGACGACAGUCAUCUUCUUUCUGUUCCGUAACAUUCGCACCAAAAUGGGCCACAUCCCCCAGAAAAUUGAUUGAUUGAUCUCUGCAUCUCCUGAGCUAUGCACAGGUUCCUGCUGUGUGACUAGGUGAAUAUUCUACAGCAAGGGUUGUUGGACUGGCUGCACAUUACAUAGCCCCUAAAGUACACUUCCAAUCCCUGGAAACACAACACUGUGUCAGUGAUCUCACCUCGAGACGUUUUAGAUGUUAGCAACCAUGUUUUCUAAAAGGAUACUUUGCUACACUUUAGUUUGCCAUUUAAUGCACCGUCAGAAUCAAACUCCUCACAAGCCGUACAGUUCUAAGCACCUAUGGAAUCUACACCUACGGCAUCCACUCACAGUAAUGACUUCAAAAAGUAUAGUGUAUAUAGUAAGUCCUAAAUUUCGAAUAAUCUAUUCUCUUACCACUGUUAUUUAGUCGGUAUAAUAACUCAUAUUAUUUGACGCAUGUUGUUGAUACACAGUGAAUUUGCUGUCCAUUGCAUAGAUUGCCUUCAGUGGAUGCCAAAUGUCUUGAAGUUACCGAAUGCUUCAUUGAUGAGCCAGCAUUAAAACUAUGUAUGUAUAGAAAUUUGCACAAAACGGUAAUGUUUGACGAUCACAGUAGUAUUUCCCUUUCACUAAUUCUUCUUCAUUUAUAAAAUAAUGUUCAGUCAGGAAAAUAGAUACUUUACGACAAACACGUCAUCUAUUUUUGAUAACACACUGGCUUUACUAAAUGGACUUUUAAAGUUUAGAGAUCUUAGCUAGUUGUCUAUGAAAAUAUUUAAAUGCAUCAACCUAAAAGGAAUAGUUCAGAUGAACAUUUUAAUGUAUCUACGUGCCGUUUGAAGGAAAUUGCUAACUUAAGAUGAUGUAGCUGCGUGAAAAAAUGUAUAAUCUAUGGGGGUGAAAUAUAUUUAGGCUAACUAUAAUUGUUUUCGCUAUUGUUGUUUCAAAUACUGUUAUUAUUACACAGAAAUUGAUUUCCCCUACACAUUUUUCUACAGAUAGUAAUUUCAGAAUCACCCAAGUUUUGUAGCCUAUGCUGUUGCGGAUGCAACACUUUCUAGCUGUGGGCAUGGUUGUUCAUGCAAUGUAGAUAUCACUUAGCCACUUUGGGAGGGAAGAGGCUAGGUAUCACAUACAACAUUCUCAUAAAAGGUCUGCGGUGAAGCUGUGGGAGCAAACGAGUUUGGUUCAGAGAUCAUGUUUGUUUUGGACAUGCAAAUCUGAUUGUACCAGAGCGUUUGAUUUAUUGAAAUAUCAGCUGCAAUUUAACUUCGAAGUAGCUUUUUCCUUUCUGAGGGCUAACCUGGUACAUUUCCGGAUUGCCAAAAUCCCGAUUCCCGAACUAUCCCUUUAAUAAUGUGAAGUCUUGAAAGGAUUAAAGUAUGCACACAGUCCAAGUGUUUGUCACAGGAUACUAUUUUGCCACUACAGGUUUUGUUAUUAGACAAUGUGGUCACAGAGGCUGGGUUUACACAGGCAUACCAAUUCUGAUCUUUUCCCCAAUUAUUGGUAGAAGAGCUGAUCUGAUUUGUGAAAAAAUAUCAGAAUUAGAAUUAGAUUUCUGAGCCUGGUCCCAUACUGUAUGAGCUGUGGCCAAUUCUUCUAUGUUUGCAUUUACACAGGCAGCUCAAUUCUGAUAUUUAUUUCUUCACUAAUUGGUCUCUGAAAUAGAUCAGAUAUUUUUUUUAUAGCUGAUCUGAUUGGUCAAAAGACCAAUUAGUGGGGGGGGGGGAAAUAUCCGAAAUGGGCUGCUUGUGUAAAUGCAGCAUAAUUCUUUUUUUGACCAAUCGGAUCAGCUUUAAAAAAGAUCUGUGAAUGGUCAAAAAAAACAUUAGUGGAAAGAAUAUCAGAAUUGGGCUGCCUGUUUAAAUGCAGCCAAAGAGGCCAAUCAGACUGGAACACCAGGCUCGCAUCAUCCUGAUAUUCUCACAAAAGUAUGUAAUGCUGCGUUUAUAUGCAGGUAGCCUAAUUCUGAUCUUUUGCCCAAUUAUUGGCAAAAUAGCUGAUCUGAUUGGUCAAAAUACCAAUUAGUGAAAUAAAAAAUUUGAAUUGGGCUGUUUGUGUAAACACAUCCACUGGUUGCGUUCCCCUGCUCAGACGUUGCAUGCAUCAAGCAAUGGUUUCGUGCCACGUCAUCGACUGUCAUUGACUGACAGAUUGCUAUAACAUAUGAUGUGAUUAGCUGAUACUUAAAAUACCUAUCCAGGCUCUGUAAGAUCUGGCAUGCAUCAGCAACGCCUGGGCUGAGCAAUGCGCCCAAUGGUUGCAUUUACACAGGCAGCCUUAUUCUGAUCUUUUGCCAAUAAUUCGUCUUUUGGCCAAUCAGCUCAGAUCUUUAUCCAAUAAUUAUAGUAAUACUGUGAAAUUGUGAAAAUUAUGAUAAUGCCAUUUUUUUGUGUAAGAGCUGUUUGAAAUUUCAGCCUGUUUUGGUGGAAUGGAGUUUUGGCCUGCCUGGUGUUAUCAGACCAAUAAGAAAGAGUUACAGACAUCUUGGCUAAUAACCGCUACAUUUUCAGUUUUUCGCUCCCCACUCAGACCACUCCCAGACAGUCUUAGCUAAAUUCUUACUUUAGAAAUUGCUCUUUGCUAAGAAGCUAUUUUUGUUUGUUUUAAAUGAAAAUGGUAAACAAAUAAUCACAGAAAGGUACAUAAUUGAUACCCAGAAAUGAUUUGAUAUUGGGAUAAAAAUGGCUGCGUUGGAACUUUUCACAAACAGUUUUUAACUGAAAAAUAUUUAUCUCACUAUUCUGUGCCAUUCAGGCAUAUUUGUCUAACUGGAAUUAUUGAAAUGUUAAGGAAAACUAAUAAAGAGCAAUGAAUGUA